CCAUUGGCAUUGACACUCGCAGCCGCAGCCAUGUCGAGGAAGAACAACCGCAACAAGAUCAAGGCCCAGUACGAGCUGGAGGUGGAGAAGGAGCGGCUGCGCAAGGAGAAGCUCAUGAAGAAGCGCGAGCGCAAGGCCAGCGCGCAGAAGGGCAAGGAGACGGUCAAGAAGGUCUCGGCCAAGGUGCUGCGGCGGAUGCGCAUGCGCCAGAUGGAGAAGGAGGCGCGCGGCGAGAUGGACGUGGACGAGGACGACAAGAAGAAGGCCAAGAAGGACAAGAAGAGCGACAAGAAGAGCGACAAGGACGACAAGAUGGAGGAGUAGACGCGCCCAUUUAAUUCCAUUUCGUUUUGUGCCAA